AUGAGAGAGGACCAAGGAUUGAGAAGCCACGUCUUGAGAGGGCUAGAGUUGAGAAACCACGUUCUGAUAGGCCAAGAGCUGAGACUUGUUCAAGCCCCUUGUGUGCUUGAUGAAGAGAGCCUUCAAGCUUUGUUUGAUGAGCCACUAGGAAGGGCUCUAAAAGAAGGGGAGGAUGUAGCCUCUAAGGCAAGACCAGGUGAUAAAAGAAAGGAUCCACCAGCUCAGGCCCCUUCAGUCAAGCCAUCUCAGCUCACAAUGACUUGUUCCCCACCAAGUUUGAAAAUGGGAAGAUUGAGUACAAGAUAA